UUUGUAUUUUACUUUAAUUUACACAACUUCCUGUUCAUGCUGUACACUUACAAAAAAGAAUCAUGCCGGUUUACAAAGUCAAUGUUAAGUGGGGAAAGGAGAAGUUUAGUGAUGUUGAAUGCAAUACAGAUGAACCACCAAUGGUGUUCAAGGCUCAGCUCUUUGCUUUAUCGGGGGUUCAGCCAGAUCGACAGAAAAUCAUGAUCAAAGGAGCUACUGUGAAGGAUGAUGACUGGGGAAACAUCAAAUUAAAAGAUGGAAUGAUGUUGAUGAUGAUGGGUAGUGCUGACGCCUUACCACAAGCACCUGUUGAAAAGACUAUGUUUGUGGAAGAUAUGACAGAACAGCAAUUAGCAACAGCAUUGGAAAUGCCUCCAGGUUUAACAAAUCUUGGAAACACUUGCUAUAUGAAUGCUACAGUACAAUGUUUGAGAGCAAUCCCAGAGCUUAGAGAUGCCUUGAAAAAAUAUAGUGGUGGUCUGACUGUGGCAGGGGGAAUUUCUACUGCAGACUCAAUCACAGCAGCUCUUCGAGAUCUGUAUAGCUCCAUGGACAAAACUGGUGCAGCCAUUCCACCUAUCAUAUUCCUCCAAGUCCUUCACAUGGCAUAUCCUCAGUUUGCUGAGAAAAGUGAACAUGGUGGCUUUGCUCAACAGGAUGCUAAUGAGUGCUGGACAGAGGUGGUCAGGUGCCUGCAACAGAAAGUGGAUGUACCUGAGGAACUCAUCAAGGAGGGUGCCAAACCCAGUAAUAAAUUCAUAGACCAGUAUUUAGGAGGAGAAUUCCAAUCCACAAUGAAAUGUGAAGAGUCCGAGGAGGAACCAGAAUCAAAGUCUAUAGAGAAAUUUUACCAACUGAGCUGCUUCAUAGAAAAAGAUGUGAAAUACAUGCAGACUGGUCUAAGAAAUCGUUUGGAAGAACACAUAACAAAGAAUUCUCCAUCUUUAGGGAGAGAUGCUGUGUAUAAAAAAAUUAGUAAAAUAAACAGACUCCCCGGCUACCUAGCAAUACAGUUUGUACGCUUCUACUACAAGGAGAAAGAAGGGGUCAAUGCCAAAAUCUUAAAGGAUGUAAAGUUUACAAUGAGUCUGGAUGUGUAUGACCUUUGUACACCAGAACUACAGGCUAAGCUUCAGCCUACCAGGGACAAAUUCAAAGAGUUAGAGGACAAAAAGGCUGAGGAAAUGAUACAGAACAAAGCCACAGGAAAGAAUGCAGAGGAACCUAAAAAGCCAACGAAAAAAGAGCCAUACUGGUUCCCUGAUGACUUAGGGUCAAACAACAGUGGAUUUUACGAACUACAAGCUGUACUCACACAUAAAGGAAGAUCUAGUUCAAGUGGACAUUAUGUAGCCUGGGUGAAAAAGCAAGGGGAUGAAUGGUUUAUGUUUGACGAUGACAAUGUGACAUGUAUGACAUCUGAGGAUGUACUCAAGUUGUCAGGGGGAGGUGACUGGCACUCGGCGUAUGUUCUGCUCUAUGGACCAAGGAUAUUAGAAGUUCCCGUGGAGGAGGGAAGCUGAUCUGACAGAGACCCUAUAUUGUUCACUGUAUGAAGUUAAUUCAGGACUUCUGUGACUGGAUGAAAGAGAGUUUUCUAUUUCUAAAAUUAACUAUCCUUCAGAGACAAAGAUAAUAGAAGAAUAUUUCUUUUUAUGUUAAAAACAUCCUAAUGUUUAAAUUGCAUGUAAUGUAAUGGAAAGUGCUAUAAUUGAAAAAAAUGUUCAAAAUAAAA